AUUGGUUUUGUAUUGGUAGUUUAAUUAUUUAGGUCUCAUUUUAUAUUUCAAUACGGUUACUCUAUAUUUUUUCAUCUAAUAAGUAUAUUUUAUAUAGGGAUUUAGCCUUAUAAAUAUCCUCGUGUCCACUCUCAUGUCCAUUCCACUUGGUGAGUGAAAUGCAAUGUCUUCAACUCAUCACCUUCAUUUCACAAUCAUUCUCGUUCUAUUCUUCUCUACCAAGUUGCCAUGUUUUGUAAACACUUCCAUUCCACAACAGCUUCUGAAGGGAUUCUCAUCAAUCCCACUCUCAUCAUCCAAGUCGUUUCAACCACUUCUAAUUGACCCCACAGCCAACUUCUCUCUUGGAUUCCUCCGCCAUAACCAAUACGACCUCAAGCUAGCUGUCGUUCACACCCCUUCAUCCCAACCAUUAUGGAUCGCCAACCCAACACGCUCCGCAUCUUGGGCCGACACCACACGCAUCUUCUUCAACGGCAGUCUUGUUCUCUGGGACCCACAGAAAGGAGUAACGUGGUCAACCGCCACAUAUGGUGAGCGCGUGGUGCUCCUCAACACCUCCAACUUGCAAGUGCAAAAGCAAAACAAAGCAACUCCACUCUGGGAAAGUUUUCAUUUUCCCACAAAUACCCUCGUUCAGGAUCAGAACUUCACAUCCAACAUGUCUUUGCUAUCAUCCAACGCUCUCUAUUCGUUACGAUUAGGUGAUACUUUCAUGGGCUUAUACGCAAAUUACGGCGAAGAAAAAGGAAGUUUGUUAUCCAAACGGUUAUUAUACUGGAAACACACUGCACUUGAAGCAAAAGCUACUAUAGUCGAAAGUGAGGGACCCAUUUACGCAAGAGUAAGCACCAAGGGUUAUAUCGGAAUGUACCAAACAAGUUCCAAACCCGUGGAUGUUCAGAAAUUCAACAGUUUCCAACAAACGUCGUCGUUUCUUUUGCUCCGGUUAGAACUGGACGGGAAUCUAAAAGGAUAUUAUUGGGAUUCAACAAAGUCUAGCUGGCUACUUAACUAUCAAGCUAUUACCGAAACUUGUGAGCUUCCUAACCCCUGCGGUUCGUACGGUUUGUGUACGCCGGGUCAGUCUAGUUGUUCGUGUUUGGAUAACCGAGCCCGGUUCGAACCGGGUGGGUGUUUCAUUCAAAAUGGAAAUGAAGAUGGAGAAUUGUGUGCUGGGGAUGGGAUUGCUGGAGAAAACGGUUACCGGAUUCUGAGAAGAAACGGCGUUGAACCACCGCAUAAGGCGUUACUGGAGCAAGUAACAACGUCGUCUUUGGAGGAAUGUGAGGGAUUAUGUGAGAAAAAUUGUAGUUGUUGGGGAGCGUUGUAUAGUAAUGGAACCGGGUUUUGUUAUGUUUUGGAUUAUCCAAUUGGAACGAUGUUGGGCACAGGGGAUGAGUCAAAGGUGGGUUAUUUUAAGGUGAGGAAAGGUGCACGGAAAAGGAAUAGGGUUGGGGUUAUAUUUGGAAUUGUGGUUGGGGUUAUAUUUGGAACUGUCGUUGUGGGGGUUGGAAUUUGUGCGGUGAGAUGGAAAAGGAUGAAAAAGGUGAAUGGGAAGGAGGAAGAGGAGGAGGAGGAGAAUUGGGCCGGGCCGGGCCCGUAUAAGAAUCUUGGAUCCGCAAGUUUUAGAAGCAUUGAGAUGUGUAGUGGUAGUGGUGUGCAAUAAAGAAAUGAGGAAAUGACGGAAGGGGUGACGCAUUCUCACAACGAGAUUUUGAAUUGAUUAUUGUCACGAUUUUGGGGUGGGGUCCAUUUAAUCUAAUAUUUCCACUCAAGCAAACAAUGGAUGUAGUGGUUGAUGUGACCCUCCUCUCCCUUCUAUCUUGAGUUCCUUUUGACCAUUCCUUAUUUAAGAUUUGGCUACACAAUAAAUGAAAUGCAUAUAGAUCGACUUCCGGUGAAAAGUUGGACCAAAUUCGAAUUGCUGACCGUCACUUUAGUUUGUAAUUUUGUAAAUGCAUUCUCACCAACUGGGGAAACAAGUGGUUACUAGAAUACUAUUAGUAGUGUUUUGGUGUGUGGUGGAUAAUAGUGACUAAAGCAUUUUUGAGCAUCGAAAAAUCAAUCUACAUCCGAUACCAAAUACUCAAAUUUUCAAUUAUUACCCGUUAAGUCACAA